UUGCCCGCCAGCCUCGGGAACCCGGGAACCCGUCCGGAGGGGCGGGGCGGCCCGCCACCAUGGAGCCCCAACGCCGGGAGCUGCUCGCCCAGUGUCAGCAGAGUCUCGCCCAGGCCAUGACGGAGGUGGAAACCGUGCUUGGGCUGCUGGAGGCCGCGGGAGCGCUGAGCCCGGGAGAGCGGCGGCAGCUGGACGAGGAGGCGGGAGGCGCCAAGGCGGAGCUGCUGCUCAAGCUGCUCCUGGCCAAGGAGCGGGACCACUUUCAGGACCUGCGGGCAGCGCUGGAGAAGACGCAGCCUCACCUGCUGCCCAUUCUCUACCUGAACGGCGUCGUUGGGCCACCGCAGCCCGCCGAGGGCGCCGGCUCCACCUACAGUGUCUUGUCCAUCAUGCCCUCAGACUCCGAGAGCAGCGGUUCCCUCAGCAGUGUGGGCACCACUGGGAAGGCACCAUCCCCACCACCUCUCCUCACUGACCGGCAAGUGAAUGAGAAGGUGGAGAGCCUCUCCAUUCAGCUGCGGCUGAUGACUCAAGAGAGGAAUGAGCUGCGUAAGCGCCUGGCCUUUGCGACUCACGGGACGACCUUUGACAAAAGGCCCUACCACAGGCUGAAUCCUGACUACGAGAGGCUGAAGAUCCAGUGUGUUCGGGCCAUGUCAGACCUACAGAGCCUCCAGAACCAGCACACCAAUGCCCUGAAGAGGUGCGAGGAGGUGGCCAAGGAAACCGACUUCUACCACACACUCCACAGCCGGCUCCUGAGUGACCAGACCCAGCUAAAGGAUGAUGUGGACAUGCUGAGACGGGAGAAUGGGCAGCUGCUGCGGGAACGUAACUUGCUACAGCAGUCAUGGGAGGACAUGAAGCGGCUCCACGAGGAGGACCAGAAAGAGAUUGGUGACCUCCGGGCCCAGCAGCAGCAGGUGUUGAAGCACAAUGGGUCAUCAGAGAUCCUCAACAAGCUGUACGACACGGCCAUGGACAAGCUGGAGGUGGUUAAGAAGGACUACGACGCCCUGCGGAAGCGGUACAGUGAGAAGGUCGCCAUCCACAACUCGGACCUGAGCCGCCUGGAGCAGCUGGAGGAUGAGAACCAGCGCCUGCUGAAGCAGACGGAGAUGCUGACCCAGCAGAGGGACACGGCCAUCCAGCUGCAGCACCAGUGCGCCCUCUCCCUGCGCAGGUUCGAGGCAAUCCACCAUGAGUUGAACAAGGCAACGGCCCAGAACAAGGACCUCCAGUGGGAGAUGGAGCUGCUGCAGUCGGAGCUGACGGAGCUGAGGAGUGCACAGGCAAAGACUGCAAAGGAGUCGGAAAAGUAUAAGGAGGAGCGAGACGCGGUGUAUAGCGAGUACAAGCUCAUCAUGAGUGAGCGGGACCAAGUCAUCUCCGAGCUGGACAAGCUACAGACCGAGGUGGAGCUGGCCGAAUCCAAGCUCAAGAGCAGCACGUCUGAGAAGAAGGCGGCCAGUGAGGAGAUGGAGGCGCUGCGGCAGAUCAAGGACACGGUGACAAUGGACGCUGGGAGAGCCAACAAGGAGGUUGAAAUCCUCCGAAAGCAAUGCAAGGCUCUGUGCCAGGAGCUGAAGGAAGCCCUGCAGGAGGCAGAUGUGGCUAAGUGCCGGCGGGACUGGGCGUUCCAGGAGCGGGACAAGAUCGUGGCGGAGCGCGACAGCAUCCGGACGCUAUGUGACAACCUGCGGCGGGAGCGGGACCGGGCUGUGAGCGAGCUGGCCGAGGCCCUGCGCAGCCUGGAUGACACUCGCAAGCAGAAGAACGAUGUCAGCCGCGAGCUUAAGGAGCUCAAGGAGCAGAUGGAAUCCCAGUUGGGAAAGGAAGCCCGGUUCAGGCAGCUGCUGGCCCAUAGCUCCCAUGACUCGGCCAUCGACACGGACUCCAUGGAGUGGGAAACAGAAGUUGUAGAGUUUGAAAGGGAGACGGAAGAUAUUGACUUGAAGGCUCUCGGGUUCGAUAUGGCAGAAGGUGUGAACGAACCCUGUUUCCCAGGGGACUGUGGCAUAUUUGUCACUAAAGUGGACAAAGGAAGCAUUGCAGAUGGACGAUUAAGGGUCAAUGACUGGCUACUGAGGAUCAAUGAUGUGGACCUCAUCAACAAGGACAAGAAGCAGGCCAUCAAGGCACUCCUUCAUGGGGAGGGGGCCAUUAACAUGGUCGUGCGGCGGAGGAAAUCUCUGGGCAGCAAGGUGGUCACGCCCCUGCACAUCAACCUGAGCGGACAGAAAGACAGCGGCAUCAGUCUGGAGAAUGGAGUGUACGCUGCUGCCGUGGUGCCUGGGAGUCCUGCCGCCAAGGAAGGAUCCCUUGCGGUGGGAGAUAGGAUUGUCGCAAUCAAUGGCAUUGCCCUCGACAACAAGUCUCUGAAUGAAUGUGAAUCUCUGCUGCGGAGCUGCCAGGACUCCCUGACGCUCUCUCUUCUGAAGGUAUUCCCCCAGAGCUCCUCGUGGAGUGGGCAGAACAUCUUUGAAAACCUCAAGGACUCGGAAAAGAUGUUGAGUUUUCGAGCCCAUGGCCCGGAGGUCCAGGCUCACAAUAAACGGAACUUGAUGCAGCACAAUAACUCCACACAGACAGAUAUCUUCUACCUGGACAGGCUGGAGGACAGGAAGGAGACGGCCCCCCCAGGAGGCAGCGGCUCCUUCUUGCACAAGCCCUUCCCUGAGGGGCCCUUUCAGGUCUCUCCCCAGGGCUGCCCCAGUGCCUCUGAGCGUAGCCUGAGUUCCUUCCGCUCAGACCCAUCUGGGGAGCACGGCUAUGGGCUGGUGGAGGGUCGUAGCCGGCGGUCCCUGCUGCCCUUUGAGACUGAGGUGGGCCCUUGUGGAGUGGCGGAGGCCCCCCUGGACAAAGCGGAGCCCGAGAGCUCCAACAGUGGGGGGACGUGGCCCAAGGCUGUGCUCAGCUCAACGGCAGAGCCUGAGAAGCUCUCUGUUUACAAGAAGCCAAAGCAAAGAAAGUCCAUCUUUGACCCUAACACGUUCAAACGACCCCAGACACCCCCUAAAAUAGACUACCUGCUUUCAGGACCUGGGCAUGCUCACUCCCCUCAGGCCUCCAAGAGAAUGGGGUCUCUGACACCCCCCAAACCUCCCAGGAGGAGCGACUCCAUUAAGUUCCAGCACAGGCUGGAGACCAGUUCCGAGUCGGAGGCCACUCUGGUGGGCAGCUCCCCAUCCACCAGCCCCCCAAUGGCCCUGCCCCCUAACCUGGAUGCUGGGGAACCCAUGCCUGUGUCGCCCCCUCGGAAGGCCAGGGUCCGCAUCGCUUCCAGCUACUACCUCGAAGAGGACGGAGACUCCUCUUACCUGCCAGCCAAGAAGUCCUGUGAUGAAGACCUCACCUCUCAGAAGGCGGACGAGCUGGGGCAGAAGCGCCGCCGGCCCAAGUCUGCCCCUGGGUUCCGGCCCAAGCUGGCUUCGGUGGCCCCUCCUGUUCAGUGCCUGGAGGAACAGAAGUGUAUGCCAGUCAGUGGGGAGCUUGCCCCAGAGCUCCAGGAGUGGUCUCCUUACUCACCAGUACAUUCCAGCCGUCAUAGCAACCUCCCGUUCUAUCCCAGCAGGGUGUCUGUGGGCACCGUUCCCCGGAGUGUGACGCCGAGCACCACAGUGAGCUCCAUCCUGAGGAAUCCCAUCUACACCGUGCGGAGCCACAGGGUUGGCCUCUGUAGCUCCCCGCCCACCUCCAGAGAGGGUGGCAUCCAGGGUUUGCAUCCCAGUGUCCAGCACCAAGUACGCCUGAGCCUGGACCUGAGCCAGAGGCCCUGCAGUGACUACUCGGAGAUGAGAGCCUCUCACGGGUCCAACUCCCUGCCCUCCAGCGCCCGCCUCGGGUCUUCAAAUAACUUGCAGUUUAAAGCAGAACGUAUUAAAAUCCCAUUGACGCAAAGAUACCCACGGUCUGUGGUGGGCUCUGAUAGAGGCUCCUUGUCACAUUCGGAAUGCAGCACUCCUCCUCAGUCGCCCCUGAGCAUCGACACCUUGUCUUCUUGUAGCCAGUCCCAGACUUCAGCCUCCACAUUGCCUAGAAUUGCUGUCAACCCUGCAUCCCUCGGGGAACGGAGAAAGGAUAGGCCUUAUGUGGAAGAACCGCGCCAUGUUAAGGUGCAGAAGGGCUCGGAGCCAUUGGGGAUCUCCAUUGUAAGUGGAGAGAAGGGCGGUAUCUACGUCUCCAAGGUGACCAGUGGAAGCAUCGCUCACCAGGCUGGCCUUGAGUACGGAGACCAGUUACUCGAGUUCAACGGCAUCAACCUGCGGAGCGCCACAGAGCAGCAGGCCCGGCUUAUCAUUGGGCAGCAGUGUGACACCAUCACCAUCCUGGCCCAGUACAACCCACACAUGCACCAGCUCAGCAACCACUCCCGGUCCAGUUCCCACCUGGACCCUGCCGGCAACCACUGUACUCUGCAGGGCAGCGGCACUACCACCCCAGAGCACGCCUCCGUCAUUGACCCACUGAUGGAGCAGGACGAGGCCCCAGGCACUCUUCCGGCCAAGCAGAGCACAUCCAGCACCAGGGUUGUGGGUGAUGCCAGCAAGAAGACCCCAGAGCCACGCAUUGUCUUCAUCAAAAAGUCUCAGCUGGAGCUCGGGGUGCACCUUUGUGGCGGGAAUCUGCACGGAGUGUUUGUGGCCGAGGUGGAAGAUGACAGCCCUGCCAGGGGCCCAGACGGCCUUGUGCCAGGGGACCUCAUCCUCGAGUAUGGUACUCAGGACGUGCGGAACAAGACAGUAGAGGAGGUAUACGUGGAGAUGCUGAAGCCUAAGGAUGGUGUCCGCCUGAAGGUGCAGUACCGCCCCGAGGAGCUUACCAGGGUCAAGGGCCUGCCUGGGGACGGCUUCUACAUCAGGGCCCUGUAUGACCGGCUGGCAGAGGGGGAGCACGAGCUGAGCUUUAAGAAAGACGACAUCCUCUAUGUUGAUGACACCUUGCCCCAGGGCACAAUUGGCUCCUGGAUGGCCUGGCAGCUGGAUGAGAAUGCCCAGAAGAUCCAGCGUGGACAGAUUCCCAGCAAAUAUGUGAUGGACCAAGAAUUCUCCAGGAGGCUCAGUGUGUCUGAAGUCAAAGACGACAACAACUCUGCCAAGACGCUGUCGGCAGCUGCACGCAGAUCUUUCUUCCGCAGGAAACAUAAGCACAAACGCAGAGGGUCCAAAGAUGGGAAAGACCUCCUUGCCUUGGACACCUUCUCCAAUGACUCUGUUCCCCUCUUUGAAGAUCCAGUGAGCCUAGCUUACCAGCGAGUGCAAAAAGUGGACUGCACCACUCUGCGGCCAGUCCUGAUUUUGGGGCCGUUGCUGGAUGUGGUGAAGGAAAUGCUGGUGAACGAGGCACCUGGAAAGUUCUGCAGAUGCCCUCUUGAAGUGAUGAAGGCCUCGCAGCAGGCCAUCGAGCGGGGUGUCAAGGACUGCCUUUUUGUUGACUAUAAGCGGAGGAGUGGCCACUUCGAUGUGACCACGGUGGCUUCAAUAAAGGAGAUCACGGAAAAGAACCGGCACUGUCUACUGGACAUCGCCCCCCAUGCCAUCGAGCGACUCCAUAGCAUGCACAUCUACCCUAUCGUCAUCUUCAUCCACUACAAGAGUGCAAAGCAGAUCAAGGAGCAGAGAGACCCCAUCUAUCUACGGGACAAAGUGACCCAGAGACAUUCCAAAGAGCAGUUUGAGACGGCUCAGAAGAUUGAACAGGAGUACAGCAGGUACUUCACAGGGGUCGUCCAGGGAGGGGCCCUGUCGAGCAUUUACACUCAGAUCCUGGCCAAGGUCACUCAAGAACAGAAUAAAGUCCUGUGGAUCCCAGCCUGCCCAUUAUAG